AUGGACAGUAGUAGAAAGGCCGAUUCGCAGUCUAUCCCAAAACCACCACGGUCGUCCCGCGGUAGCGAUAUUUCCGCGCGCCACAAACCAGAAGACCACGCGCUUGCCGCUAGCUAUCGGCGGCCGUCCUUCGUAGCUUCCUCGGGGUAUGCUAGAUCAACGCUGCUCGCUACUAGUCCAGCGCCAAAAUCAUAUCUCCAAAGAGAAGAGGUGGAAGACCUGGAGCAGGAAGAGCGCGAAUUGCUUAGAGAGCAUCACCAACCACGUCGAACCCACGAGACCCGUGUCCUGAUCAAAUUCUCAGCGCCGCUCAUCCUCACGUUUCUACUACAGUCAUCUGAGCAAUUCUCGACCGUCUUCUCGCUCGGGCACCUCGGCACUAAAGAGCUCGGCGCGAGAUUUAGUGUCUUCCAAGGCAUCAUUACAGCUCUAGAUACCCUAUGCUCUCAAGCGUACGGAGCUGGUAAGCCGAAACUCAUUGGUGUACAUGUCCAGCGCUGCCUGCUGUUCCUUAUCGUGCUCCACAUACCAAUUAUUGCCAUCUGGCUCAACGUCGAGCCCAUGCUGCUCGUCCUGCGACAAGAUCCGCAAAUCUCAAAACUUGCCGGUCGCUACAUGCGAGUCUUUGCUUUCGGGAUGACCCCAUUCGCACUCUUUGAGACACUCAAGCGGUUUAUGCAGGCGCAGGGACUGAUGUCAGCAGCGACGUACGUGCUGUGCAUCACUGCACCCAUCAAUAUCAUUCUUAACUAUGUCCUUGUCUGGCACAAAACCUUGGGUUUUGGCUUCUUGGGCGCUCCGACAGCUGUUGUGCUUACAUACUGGCUACAAGCGAUACUCAUGCUGCUGUAUAUUCGCUUCAUCGAUGGCCGUCAAGCAUGGGCGGGCUUUUCAAAGGCUGCAUUGACAGGAUGGGGACCUAUGCUCCGUCUAGCCUUGCCAGGCACUAUCAUGAUUGUCUCUGAGUGGGCCAUUUUCGAGGCAACUUCCAUCAUCGCAGGCAGCCUUGGCCAACGACCCCUUGCGGCUCAAUCCAUCUUGACGACCACCGCAAGUUUAGUAUUUCAGACUCCGUUUGCAUUGAGUGUUGCAGUAUCGACACGCAGUGGCAACCUGAUUGGUGCAAACCUGCCUGGACCAGCCAGAAUAGCUUGCCGAACAGGUCUGCUAUUCGGUGCUGCCUUGGCACUCUUCUUUUCCGUGGGUUUGUUCUUGGCACGGCACUAUAUUGGUCUGCUUUUCACAAGUGACAAGCGUACCGUGGCGCUCGUUGCUGAAGUCUUGCCGCUCAUGUCUCUCUUUGUCAUCUUUGACACGAUGGGUGCAGUCGCUGGCGGUGUGCUUCGUGGCAUGGGUAAGCAGCGCAUUGGCGCCAUUGUCAACAUCCCAUCUUAUUACCUUGUUGGAUUACCUAUUGGUCUUGCCCUCGCAUUCAAGACUUCUUUGGGUCUCACAGGUAUAUGGAUUGGGUUAAGUGUUGCCUUGUUUCUCGUGUCAGCUGUCGAGAUGUAUGUCAUCCUACGGUGCGAUUGGGAGACACUGGUCGAAGAGGCACAAGAUGCGUUGGAGUCUACGCCUUGA